AUGCUUAUAGUAGCCGAGUUUUGCUGUUUCUUCUAUCUUUUAAGAGCAUGGCAAAAAGGUGGAUCAGAGAAGGGAGACAGUAUAGCCAUUGAAAUAACAAAGACGGCAGACAACUGCAGCGUCCUUCCCAACCUUGAAUUCGAAUCCAGUCGUGGAUCAAAUGAUUGCAAUGACUUUCCCACGAGAAAAUAUGAACUAUUGAGAGAGACUUUGUCCAACAGAGAGAAAAAAUUGGAUUGUCUUAUUCCAGCACCAAAUGGAUAUGUAACACCGUUCCGAUCGCUUAAGAGUCGUGAUUAUGUACCCUACGCAAAUGCACCGCAUAAGAGCUUGACAGUUGAGAAGGCAGUGCAGAACUGGUUCAAUAUGAAGGUGACGUAUUUAGAUUCCCAGGUGGCCAAACGCAAUUUUCACAAGAGGCAGAUGCGUAUAUAG